AAAGGUUCGCUUGACUUCCACUGAAAGCUUGUUUGGGUGGCUGUUAAAUGCUUAUAGGCUAAAAGUUAGUGCCAUGCAGAAUUAACCUCGAGAUGCCAGGCCCUUCAGGUUCCACCGAGUACUAUAGUAUAGGCGAUCGAUAGAGCCAGCAGACGUCCAGAAGAUGAUGUGACGUGACGUGACAGAUUCCAAAAGAGGACAGUUUGUUAAUCAUCCGUCAUCACAUAAUCUUGGCACAUAUGUAGAUGAGAUGUGGCAUAGUUUGUAAGAUAAAGCUACUGAGGCAGCAGGUAGCAGGACCAAUCACUUCACUGUUGCACCAUUAAUAGUUAUUACUGACAGUGUUUACCAUGGCUCAGCACAGUGAUACACCUCCGUCUACCUCAUCACUCACCAACAAGCAGGCUGGAAAGACUUGGAAAGUAUCAUCCAAGAUGGAGGCCCCGGUGGUCAAGAGGCCAUGUAAAGAACAUUCCUUUCUGACAGAUGUGGCUGAUGUACGAGCCAUGGAGCAGGGACUGGUACAUUUAUUAGAGGACUUCCACUCAGGAAAACUACAGGCAUUUGGUGCUGAUGGGAUGUUUGACCGCAUGGAUCAGAUCCGAGAGCAGCAGGAGCGUCUGGCCAGGCUUCAUUUUGAGCUGGAUCUUCAGCACCAUGUCCUCAGGCUGGACUCUGAAGACUCGAGAAGGGCGGCCAGUGAAAACCUAAGUCAGCUCAUAGGUCAACUACAGUCUCUCAGCUUCUCGAUACAAUCAUUGCAGAAGUCCGACAGAAAUCCGUCUGAUCAUACAGAAGAGACUACAAUUUAGUUAUUCCUCCAGAAAAAAAUGGGAAUUUCCCGGCAGAAUAGAUAGGCCAUGUUCCAGGAUUAUUAAUGUUUUGUCAACAUUUUAUGUGUGCUGAAGAAAUGUCCAGUUAUUGCAAUGGAAUGAGUAUUGAAUGGGCGUAAACAAUUGCUUCUAGCUUGCCUGUGAACAGUGACACACUUUUGAACAACCACAACCUAUGAAUAAAGGUGUAUUCAGCUGCAUUGUUUACAAUACUCAAUAGACCUAGCUAUGUCCUUAAUAAGGUGGAAUAGAUAUGUCGUCAUUCACGGCAUGAUGUAUAGCCCACAGUUCUGAAAAGCAGGAUUCUUGUAAAUCUGGACAGUUAUCAGAUUUUG